AUGCGUAGAAGGCCAAAUAAGGAUUCGGUUCAUGGACAUCCCGGUCACGGAAAUAGAGGUCAGAGACAUGGCAGCCAGGGACAUAGUGGUCAUGGAUACGGUGGUCAGGAACAUGGUAGCCAUGGACAUGAAGGUCACGGUCUUGGCGGCCAGGGACAUUCUCGUCACGGACACGAUGAUCAUGGUCACGUCGGUCACGGACAUUAUGGCAAGAAAACUCAGCAUGGGAAUGAAGCUCCCGAGGGUUUAGCUGAAGAAGCAAAAUCACAACGGACACCAGAAGAACUUGCCCGUCGUACCAUAGUGAAAAAAGUCAUGGACAAGUGCACACAGUGGUGGGAACGAGCUGUGGAGAUGUUACCUGAGAGGUGA